UGGAAAUCUAAAUAUUGAUAAUUUAAUUAAAUCAACACAUGGAAAUAACCCUAAAAAUAGGCUAGAGUGGAUUCCCUUUGAAGAAUUUGCAGAUAUCCAGCAAGUUACAGAAGGUGGAUUUAGUACAAUAUUUACGGCUUUAUGGGUAAAAGGAAGAAUCACAGGUUAUUCUGAAGUAGGAUUUGAUCGAGCAGGUUCAGAAAAAAUUGUAUUAAAAUUUCUUAAGGACUCUCAAAAUAUUAAUUCGGUAUUUAUAAAGGAGUUAAAUAAUAUUGCUCUAACUCAACCUAACUCUAAUCGUUAUAUUAUUCAAUCUUAUGGAGUAUCACAAGAUCCAAAUACAAAAAAUUAUAUAUUCGUUAUGCCUUAUAUUGAACAUGGAAGUUUACGCGAAUAUUUGUUUAAGCAUUUUGAUGAUGUUAAAUGGAUGGACUGGGGAAAAAGUAAAGGGUCAAAAGUAAAUUUCCUGAAAAGUCUCGUUAUGGGCAUUAAAUGGAUUCAUCAAAAAAAUAUUAUACAUCGUGACUUACAUAGUGGAAAUAUAUUAGUGCAUCAAAAAAAUAUACUUCGUGGAAAUAAGUUGGUGGAUCAAGAGAAUUAUUCAUUAAUUACUGAUUUGGGACUUAGUCGACCUGCGGAUAAAGAUCCAGGAACAGAGUUUUUAGAAGGUAGUCAAGAGUGA